UUCCCCUGCGGCGCAGGGGCGGCCGCCGUCCUGAGGAUGGGAGAGCAGCUCCGCGUCCUUGCUGAGGAUGGGGAGUGGUGGCUGGUGGCAUCUGAGGUGUCCGGCAAGGAGUGCCACAUCCCCAGCAGCUGCGUGGCCAAGGUCAGGCACAGGUGGCUCUAUGAGGGCGUCAGCCGGCAGAAGGCGGAGGAGCUGCUACUCUGGCCAGGCAACCGCAGCGGGUCCUUCCUGAUACGGGAGAGCCAAACCAGGCAAGGCUGCUACUCGCUGUCGGUGCGCUGCGGCGAGCGCGCCAGCUGGGACUCGGUGACACACUACCGCAUCCAC